AUGUCCGAGGACUUGGACUCGAUCAGCGAGGAAGAACGAAGCUUGUUCCGACCUUUCACCCGAGAAUCAUUGGCCGCUAUCGAAUCUCGCAUAGCAGAAGAGCAUGCCAAGCAAAAGGAACUCGAGAAAAAACGAGCGGAAGGAGAGACCGAUUUGGGGCGGACGAAAAAGAAAAAAGAAGUGCGUUACGAUGACGAAGACGAAGAUGAGGGUCCUCAACCAGACGCGACUCUGGAACAGGGCCUGCCACUGCCGGUCCGGAUGCAAGGCUCCUUUCCGCUCGAACUGGCCUCCACCCCCCUCGAGGACAUUGACCCUUUCUACCACAACCAAACAACUUUCGUAGUCAUAAGCAAGGGUAAAGAUAUCUUCAGAUUUUCGGCGACCAAUGCCUUAUGGAUAUUGGAUCCUUUCAAUCCAAUAAGAAGAGUGGCUAUAUACAUUCUAGUACAUCCUUUGUUCUCACUAUUUAUUAUUACCACCAUUCUUGUGAACUGUAUACUUAUGAUCAUGCCUACCACGCCCACCGUUGAAAGUACUGAAGUUAUCUUUACCGGAAUCUACACCUUUGAAUCGGCGGUGAAAGUAAUGGCCAGGGGUUUCAUACUACAGCCAUUCACAUACCUUAGAGAUGCAUGGAAUUGGCUUGACUUCGUAGUUAUAGCUUUAGCUUAUGUGACGAUGGGCAUAGAUCUCGGCAACUUGGCCGCUCUCAGAACGUUCAGAGUUCUCCGAGCUUUGAAGACUGUGGCCAUCGUACCGGGCUUGAAGACAAUCGUUGGUGCUGUAAUAGAGUCGGUAAAAAAUCUGCGGGAUGUGAUCAUUUUGACCAUGUUUUCUCUAUCUGUGUUCGCCUUAAUGGGACUACAAAUAUAUAUGGGUGUGUUAACGCAGAAAUGUAUCAAGGUAUUCCCCGAAGAUGGUAGUUGGGGGAAUCUAACCGACGAGAAUUGGGAAAGGUUUUGUCAAAAUGAAACAAACUGGUAUGGCGGAGACGGAGAAUAUCCAUUGUGUGGUAAUUCAUCGGGAGCGGGGCAAUGUGAACCGGGCUACAUGUGUUUGCAAGGUUACGGUCCCAAUCCUAAUUAUGGAUACACAAGUUUCGAUACCUUUGGCUGGGCCUUUCUAUCGGCCUUCCGUCUCAUGACUCAGGAUUAUUGGGAAAAUUUAUAUCAAUUGGUGUUGAGAUCAGCGGGUUCGUGGCACGUUUUGUUCUUCGUUGUGAUCAUCUUCUUAGGUUCGUUCUACCUCGUGAAUCUGAUCUUGGCCAUCGUCGCCAUGUCAUACGACGAGUUGCAAAAGAAAGCCGAAGAAGAGGAACAGGCGGAGGAGGAAGCACUUAGGGAAGCGGAACAAAAAGCGGCAGCACGAGCGGACAAGCAGGAGGCACGAGAAGCACACGCUCGCGAGCAAGCAGCAGCAGCGGAAGCGGCAGCCUAUGCAGAAGCACACCCCGCCAAGUCCCCCAGCGACUCCUCUUGUCAGAGCUACGAACUGUUCGUGAACCAGGAGCGCGGCAACCAGGAUGACAAUACGCGCGAGCGCAUGUCCCUCCGUAGCGACCCCUUCCAAGACUCGGUGAGCACUCAGCCCACGCACAAGCCACCCGCCACCGAACAGCACCACGAACCAGCACGACGACAGAGGAAGGUCAGCAUGGUUCCCCACCCUGAACGCAUUAAUAAAUACGGACUGUUAUCAUAUGGGCCACUGCGCGAAGGCUCGCAGGCUUCAUUAUCUCUACCCGGAUCACCGUUCAAUUUGAGGAGAGGCUCGAGGGGUUCUCAUCAAAUGGCUUUAAGACCGAACGGAAGGAAUCGCUAUCCACCCGGAGCUGAUAGAAAACCAUUGGUAUUGUCAACAUAUUUGGAUGCUCAAGAACAUUUACCAUACGCAGACGAUUCGAAUGCUGUAACACCAAUGUCAGAAGAAAACGGCGCUAUUAUAAUACCGGUGUACUAUGCCAAUUUAGGCUCGAGGCACUCUUCCUACACAUCCCACCAGUCCAGAUUAUCGUACACAUCUCACGGCGAUCUAUUAGGAGGCAAGGCACAAACAAAGGAAGCCAGAUUGAGAGGUCGGUCGGCCUCUAGGAACCAUAGUGUGACAUCACAACCGCACGCGUACCCUCUGCCACGUCAGGAUUCAUCAUUGGCUUCCAGGCCACUUAGAGAAUACGAAAUAAGUACAACGGAAUCCACGGAUGAGGCUGGUAAAGUUCUGAAACAAUCAAACGACAAUCCAUUUAUAGAGUCACAGAGACCAAACGUUGUGGAUAUGAGAGACGUCAUGGUUUUAAAUGAGAUUAUAGAACAAGCAGGAAGGCAAAGUAGAGCGAGCGAACAAAACGUGUCAGUGUACUACUUCCCAACAGCGGAAGACGAUGAGGAUGGACCCACCUUCAAAGAGAGACUUCUGGAGUGCCUGAUGAAGGGCAUUGACUUCUUUUGUGUGUGGGACUGCUGCUGGCUGUGGUUGGAGUUCCAGAAAUACGUGGCCCUGCUAGUGUUCGAUCCUUUCGUGGAACUGUUUAUAACCUUGUGUAUUGUGGUCAACACUCUGUUCAUGGCUCUCGAUCAUCACGACAUGGACAAAGAUAUGGAUAAAGCGUUAAAGAGUGGCAACUAUUUCUUCACAGCUACAUUCGGAAUAGAGGCGAUGUUAAAGUUAAUAGCUAUGAGUCCAAAGUACUAUUUUCAAGAAGGUUGGAACGUCUUCGAUUUUAUCAUCGUCGCGUUAUCAUUGCUAGAGUUGGGUCUGGAAGGUGUACAGGGUUUGUCCGUAUUGCGUUCAUUUCGUUUGCUUCGAGUAUUCAAAUUGGCAAAGUCAUGGCCGACACUUAAUUUACUCAUCUCUAUAAUGGGUAGGACGAUGGGUGCCUUGGGCAACCUGACCUUCGUAUUGUGCAUCAUUAUUUUCAUAUUUGCCGUGAUGGGUAUGCAACUAUUCGGGAAAAAUUAUGUGGACUACGUAGACCGGUUCCCUGAUGGGGAUCUUCCUCGGUGGAACUUCACAGACUUCAUGCACAGCUUUAUGAUAGUCUUCAGAGUACUUUGCGGAGAAUGGAUUGAGAGUAUGUGGGAUUGUAUGUUAGUGGGUGACGUUUCCUGCAUACCUUUCUUCCUAGCCACCGUCGUCAUUGGCAAUCUUGUCGUCCUUAACCUCUUCUUGGCCCUGUUACUGUCAAAUUUCGGAUCAUCGAACUUGUCAUCGCCAACAGCAGAUCAAGAUACGAAUAAAAUAGCAGAAGCUUUUAACCGGAUAUCUAGGUUUAUAGACUGGGUUAAAAAAAGCGUUGCUGAUAUCUUGAAACUGGUUAAAAACAAGCUCACGAAUCAGAUUGCUAUUCACGCUCCCGAACGCGUUGACAACGAACUGGAACUGGGCGCAGAUAUAGAUGACGGUGUCCUCUACAAAGAUAAGAAACUUAAAGAUCAAGUGGAAGUUGCUAUAGGUGAUGGAAUGGAAUUCACAAUACCCGGUGAUAAUAAAUACAAAAAAGGUAAAUUAUUAAUGAAUAAUAUCAACGCUAUAACGGACAACCAUACGGAUAAUAGGAUAAACUGUGAGCUAAACCAUCAUGGAUACCCAAUUCAGGACGAUGAUACCAUUAGUCAAAAAUCAUAUGGAAGUCAUAAAAUAAGGUCAUUUAAAGACGAGAGCCAUAAAGGAUCGACCGACACGAUAGAUGGCGAAGAAAAGAAGGACGCUAGUAAAGAAGAAUUAGGUUUAGAAGAAGAAAUGAUAGCUGAAGAGGAAGAUGGUAAAUUAGAUCUAGCCAAAAUUGACAUCAAAGCCGGUGAAGGUGAGGUAAUGGACUCGCCAGCCGACUGCUGUCCGGAGCCAUGCUAUCAAAGGUUCCCAUUUUUGGCUGGUGAUGAUGAAUCACCCUUCUGGCAGGGCUGGGCUAUGUUAAGACUCAAAACUUACAGACUUAUUGAAAACACGUACUUCGAAACAGCUGUGAUAACUAUGAUAUUACUCAGUAGUUUGGCUUUGGCUUUAGAAGAUGUUCAUUUACCACAUCGACCUAUACUCCAAGACAUAUUAUAUUAUAUGGAUCGAAUCUUUACUGUAAUAUUCUUUAUCGAGAUGUUGAUCAAGUGGCUCGCUCUAGGAUUUCAGAAGUACUUCACGAAUGCCUGGUGCUGGCUCGACUUCAUCAUUGUCAUGUUGUCGCUCGUUAACCACGGAGCCGUGAUGGCGGGGGCGGACGACAUCCCAGCUUUCCGUUCGAUGCGUACUUUACGCGCACUUCGACCUCUGCGCGCCGUUUCCAGAUGGGAAGGCAUGCGCGUCUCGCUUAUAAACUUCGUAGCGGCGCUUUGUGGCGCCGGUGGCAUUCAGGCGUUCAAAACGAUGCGAACGCUUCGAGCCCUCCGACCGCUCAGGGCUAUGAGCCGCAUGCAGGGCAUGAGGGUGGUAGUGAACGCUCUGGUGCAAGCGAUACCAUCCAUCUUCAACGUGCUGCUCGUGUGUCUCAUAUUCUGGCUUAUUUUCGCUAUAAUGGGUGUACAGCUCUUCGCCGGGAAAUAUUUUAAGUGUGUCGACAUGAACCAUACCACCUUAAGCCAUGAAAUAAUACCAGAUAGAAACGCGUGCAUUUUAGAAAAUUAUACGUGGGAGAACUCACCGAUGAAUUUCGAUCAUGUUGGUAAAGCAUAUCUGUGUCUGUUUCAAGUCGCCACUUUCAAAGGUUGGAUUCAGAUUAUGAACGACGCCAUUGAUUCACGAGAGGUAGACCGACAACCCAUCAGAGAGACGAACAUAUACAUGUAUUUAUAUUUUGUAUUUUUCAUCAUCUUCGGAUCAUUCUUCACUCUCAACCUAUUCAUUGGUGUGAUCAUCGAUAACUUUAACGAACAGAAGAAGAAAGCUGGAGGAAGUCUUGAAAUGUUCAUGACUGAGGAUCAGAAAAAGUAUUACAACGCCAUGAAGAAAAUGGGCUCCAAGAAACCACUGAAGGCCAUACCAAGACCAAGAUGGCGACCUCAAGCAAUUGUAUUUGAAAUAGUAACUGAUAAGAAAUUUGACAUGAUUAUCAUGUUGUUCAUUGGUCUCAAUAUGUUAACAAUGACGCUAGACCACUAUCAGCAAUCAGAUACGUUCAGUGCUGUCCUGGAUUACCUUAACAUGAUAUUCAUAGUAAUAUUUAGUUCAGAGUGCCUGUUAAAAAUUUUCGCCUUACGAUACCAUUACUUCGUGGAGCCUUGGAAUUUGUUCGAUUUUGUCGUUGUAAUGUUUUCUAUACUCAGUUUGGUUUUGAGUGAUAUUAUAGAGAAGUACUUUGUGUCGCCUACUCUAUUGAGAGUAGUCAGAGUAGCAAAAGUUGGUCGAGUUCUUCGACUUGUGAAAGGAGCAAAGGGCAUCCGAACACUAUUGUUCGCCUUAGCCAUGUCACUGCCAGCCCUCUUCAAUAUUUGUUUACUAUUGUUUCUAGUGAUGUUUAUCUUCGCUAUAUUUGGAAUGUCAUUUUUCAUGCAUGUGAAGGACAAAGGAGGCCUCGACGACGUGUACAAUUUUAAAACUUUUGUGCAGAGUAUGAUUUUGCUAUUUCAGAUGUCAACCUCAGCCGGUUGGGACGGAGUUCUCGACGGCAUCAUAAAUGAGGAAGAAUGUGAUCUGCCAGAUAAUGAGCGUGGUUACCCUGGUAACUGUGGAUCCGCUACAAUCGGGAUCACUUACCUACUGUCCUACCUCGUAAUAUCUUUCCUCAUUGUUAUUAACAUGUAUAUCGCUGUCAUUCUCGAGAACUACUCUCAGGCAACGGAAGAUGUACAAGAAGGCCUAACUGACGACGACUAUGACAUGUACUACGAAAUAUGGCAGCGAUUCGAUCCCGAGGGUACGCAAUAUAUCAGAUACGAUCAACUGUCCGAUUUCUUGGAUGUGCUCGAACCACCGUUGCAAAUACACAAACCUAAUAAGUACAAGAUUAUAUCUAUGGACAUACCAAUAUGCCGCGGAGACAUGAUGUUCUGCGUGGACAUCCUGGACGCCCUCACGAAGGAUUUCUUCGCGAGGAAGGGCAACCCCAUCGAGGAGUCGGUGGAGGUCGGCCGGCCGGACGAGGUGGGGUACGAACCCGUGUCGUCGACGUUGUGGCGACAGCGCGAGGAGUACUGCGCGCGGCUCAUCCAGCACGCGUGGCGGCGGCACCGGCGAGCGCAGUCCCCGACGGGCGGCUCGGUGAGUGGGUCGUGCGCGGGCGAGGCGGAGGGCGCGCCCACGGCCGUGCUGCUGGACGCCGGCGGGGGCGCGGGCGGCGCGCACCGCGUGGUGCUGCAGGCGGCCGGCGCGGCGCCCCGGCCUCCCGAGCCCGCGCCGCCGCCCGCGCCCUAUAUAGUGACAGCGGGCGAGCGACGCGACGCGGUCCGUCCCCCGCGGACUGUUGACCCGCGCGUGCGGAGACGCGAGCGUUCAUCGGAGUGUUUUGUGUUCGCACUGUCGCAGCUUGCGAGACGAUUUGUUUUGCGACCGAUGAUCGUGAUUGUCGAGUUUAACUUUUUAGUGUUUUACUUUGUCGCGUCAAUUCCGAUCUCGAGGUGGACCCGUGUAUCGGUCGGAAGGAUUCGUAUUAGCGAGCACGCAGUUUUGUUUCGUCACUAG